CCCGAGCAACCCCACCGGCCGCCAAGCAGAGCGCACGCACCUCCGGCGCGGCGGCGAUGUCAGACGACGUCGCGCCGUGCACCGCCUUGGCCUACCUCGACCCCUCCUACUGGGACCAGCGGUUCGGGAAGGAGGAGCACUAUGAGUGGUUGAAGGACUUCUCCCACUUCCGCCACCUCCUCUCCCCGCUCCUCUCCCCCUCCAUCUCGGUUCUCGACGUCGGGUGUGGCAGCUCGCGGCUUGGAGAGGACCUCCUGCGGGAGGGUGUCGCCGGCGGCAUCACCUGUAUUGAUCUCUCGCCGGUCGCCGUCCAGAGGAUGCGCGACCGGCUGGCGGAGCAGGGCACCAGUGGUGUGGAUGUGGUGGUGGCGGACAUGCUCGACAUGCCAUUCGAGAGUGAGAGCUUCGACCUUGUGAUUGAGAAAGGAACCAUGGAUGCGUUGUCUGUGGAUAUUGGUGAUCCGUGGAACCCCAAUCCUACAACAGUGGAUAAUAUAAUGAAAAUGCUUGAAGGUAUCCACAAGGUUUUGAAGCCAGACGGCAUAUUUGUAUCCAUUACCUUUGGACAGCCACAUUUUCGUCGUCGAUUUUUUGAGGCACCUGGGUUUACAUGGUCUGUCGAAUGGAGCACCUUUGGUGAUGGCUUCCAUUACUUCUUCUACACCCUUCAGAAGGGCAAGAGGUCACUAGAGCCCAGUGGUCACCAAGACAAGUUGCUUGCUCCUCCAAGCAUUAACAUGCUUCAUGAAGAGCUCGAAAGUGAGGAUUACAUAUUUUGCACAAAUGUUGAAGAGUUAUAAGCAGUAACUCAACAAAUGAAUGUGUCGGUAUGGGGGGUUUUGAUGCUACACAUGAAGGGACUGGAACAGUCAGCAACCCAGCGAGUGAUGUUUGUAAUUUAAGUGACAUAGGACAGAUGAAUUUACUAGCCUUGUUGUGCAGUGAUGUACCAUUGCCCAGGCUAGGGAUCUUCAUAUCAUCAUUAGUUCAGAACUGACCCACAACACUUGUUCCCAUUUUAGGGCCUUCUGGUAUUAUUUCGCCAGAGGUAUUAUUCACACUUGUGAAAAAGAUAAGACAUUCAUGUAUCUUAAUUGUUGACUCCUCAUGAAAUGGAUGAUCACAAUAGUCAGCAACUA